ACCGGGCCUUUCACGGCAUCCGGGAGCAAGCGGAGACCCGGGGGAGCACUGUGCCAUGGCUCUCGCAAGCAGGGCGGCCGCGCGGCUGCUGCGGCGCCGUAGCCCCCUCGCAUGCCUCCAACAGGGCAAGUCCACUGCGGCCGUCGCCUACGAGGAGGACGAGGACUACGCGCCCGAGAUCAACGUCACUAGAACAAGACCAGAAGCCCCGCAACCGGACCGGAAACCGAAACCCUACCGCUCUGUCGCCGACGACGCGGCCGUGCGGGCGGCGACGCAGGCCUGCUUUCCGACCCGAAACGACUGGACGCGCGCCGAGGUCCAGGCCGUGUACGAUCAACCGUUACUCGAACUUAUUCGGGACGCCGGCGCCUGCCACCGCGCGCACUGGGAUUCUAGAGACGUCCAGCAGUGCACUUUAUUAUCCAUCAAGACGGGCGGCUGCACGGAGGACUGCGGCUACUGCUCGCAGAGCGUAAGACACAAGACCCACGUCAAGCCCACGAAGCAGUUGCCGGUCGACGAAGUUGUAGAAAGUGCGAGAAGGGCAAAAGCCGCCGGGAGCACUCGAUUCUGCAUGGGCGCCGCGUGGCGGGAACUAGGCAACAAGAAGAAGGCAUUUAGGGAGAUCCUGGAGAUGGUGUCGCGCGUCAAUGCGGAAGGUUUAGAAGUGUGUGCUACUCUAGGUAUGCUCAAUCCCGAGCAAGCGAAACAAUUAAAAGAGGCGGGCCUCCACGCCUACAACCACAACUUGGACACGUCGCGCGAGUUCUAUCCCUCCGUGAUCAAGACGCGGACGUACGAUGAUCGCCUGAAUACCAUUCAAAACGUGAAGGAAGCCGGCAUCUCGGUCUGUUCGGGCGGCAUCCUCGGCUUAGGCGAGGAGGAGAAGGAUCGCAUCGGUUUAUUACAUGAGCUGGCGUCGUUGAAGGGCGGCCACCCCGAAUCCGUGCCGAUCAACGCGCUCGUCGCCGUCGAGGGCACGCCGAUCGGGGAUUCCGGCAAAGCCAAAAGGGUUGAUGUGUUUGAGAUGGUGCGCAUGAUCGCCGCGGCGCGCAUCAUCCUGCCCAAGACCAUGGUGCGCCUGUCUGCUGGAAGGUUGGAAUUUAGUCAAGGAGAACAAGCUCUGAUGUUCCUGGCCGGGGCGAACAGCAUCUUCAACGGCGACAAGCUAUUGACGACGCCGAACCCCGAGUUCGACUCCGAUACGCAGCUGUUCCAGUUGCUGGGGCUGGAGGGCCUCAAGCCGAACCCGCGGCUCGAGCACAAGGCCGAGGGGGGGCACGCCGCGGCGCGCGCCUAGGUAACUCUGCCCCCCUCGGGUCGUAACUAUCUUUCCAAGGAGGCGCGGCGACGGCGUGCGCGCGACGGCAUUCCUGCCCCGGAGUACCGAACUAUACUUCUAACUAUCUUUCAAGGAACG